AUGCUUGUACUGUGUAUAUUUGUCCUUGGAUCGGCAGUGUGGUCAAAAGAAACGCUAUCUUCGCGUUCUAUUUCUGCGAACUUAGAAGUAGGAGAAGGAAUUUCUGCUACGGUCACGCUUCCACGUUUUCCUGGAAAUGCAAGGUUUUUUCAAGUUAUCAUCAUUACAUUAAGCUCAAACUACAUUGGUGCUGUCAAACCACCGGGAAGAUUUACAACACAAGACAUGAUGACGUAUGAAGAAGCGCACAAAUCUUCUGUUCCUGCUGCUUAUGUCGCUUUUCAGUUUAAAGGAAAUAGUUUUGAUAAAAAUCAGGAAUUUGUUAUUGGAGAUAGAACGCAAUCCAGUGGUAAAGAGAGUAGUAAGAGAAGUAGUGGUGAUCAGUAUUAUUACAACCAACCACUGCAGCGGAAUACAAACUACAGAGUGUUCCUCAGGGCUUUUGUUUCCGAGGUAUCCUAA